GGAACAGAGAAGCCGGGGGGGAGAAGCGAGGAGACGGCCGGGGCAGCUGUCUCCGGCAGCAGGAGCCCUGGGCAGGUUCUGGAGCAGGGCCGGCCGGAGGCGGCGGCGAGAUUGGCAGCGGAAGAAAGAGCCGGCGGGUAAUUGGUGGGCAGGCAUCCAGCGCAGGUGGGUGGGCCUAAUAACAAUAAUAAUAAUAAUUUGUCUCGCGGGCCCUGCCGACUCCCAGGCUAAUUGGACCGCUGCAGGCCCCCGCGGAGGGGGGGCCUUCGUCUCUGUGGAGUGGGUGGGGGUCAGAGCGGGGUGGCCGGCCCUGACAGGUGUGCUGGGCUGCGGAGCGUCUGGGGGGCCGGGAGGGCAGGACCCACCACCUUCAGCCUCCAGAGUCAUCAGGUUCCACAGUUGGGCUGGCGCAGGAAUUGCCCCACCUCCCCCAGGGAGCUGCCGGGUCAGGGGCUGCCCCAGCCCCCAGCUCUGGGUGGGACGGCUGCGGCUUCCCCCUCCCCCCAGGUCCCGAGGUAGGACCCCAAGGCCCCGGCGCUCGGGGCAACACAGGAGCCCAAGCGGCCGCAGUGGAGGACCGCACGAGCUGCUGGGGGUGACUCUGCAAUGCACGCUCUCGGCCCUUCACAGGGACCCAGGGGGUCUCCCAGGGCGCGCUCCGGCUCCUCCCCGCCACCACCCCGGGGUCCCUGCUGUGCGAGACCGUGGUGGGGGCACAGGCCCCGGCCCCCGAGCCAGAGCGGCCCCCCGCAGCCCCCACGAGAGGCCCAGCAGGUGGAUGCCAGGGUCACCCCGUGGCUGGCCUUAAGUCUCCCUUCGCCGGGGGGUGGGGUCACCGCCCUCUGCUCAAGGCCAAAACCAGAAUGCAGAGUGGACUGUCCCGUCCCGGUGCCCUGCGCCAGGUGGGAGAGCCCGUGGGCCCUAGAAGUCAGCCAGAGAAGCUGCCACUUGUGGAGCAUAGCUGGGGCUUCCUGCCAGGUUCCGAGUUCCGGGUGGACCGCCCCCGCCCCCUCUGCUGCGGGCUCCCCCUUGGGCUCCUCCAGGCGUUUCCCAGGGUGCCUGUGUGGCUGGCACUUCCCUGAAUCAUGGCGGCCCCCGUGCCCUGGCCUCUGGGUCGCAGACUCUGUGACCUGCCACUGGUCGGCCUCACUGAGGGUCUGUGUGGACACCUCGAUCCCACUUAGACCCAGUGAAAAGUUGGACAGCAGCUCCCCACUCUGCUCCAGUCUGUCGACCGAGGGGCCUUCCCCUGCCCUCCUCUGCCCUCCUGGGGCUUCCAGCUGGACUUACUGAGGCGAUCAGGAGGAGAGAUGGAUUCUGUUAAGCACCAGCUCAGGAAAACCGAGUGAUGGGGCGGAGCACCAGCGGGGGUCUGCGUGCUGGGGGGUAACCUGGCUGCGGUGGCGGGGGUCAAAGGAAGGUCAUGUGGGCAGGUCCCCCGCCCUCUUGGGGUAUCGUUCCCUCCUGGUGUGGGACCCUCUAUCACGGGGGACUUGCCUCAUCCUCUCAGGGAGUUGCGGGUUCAGAGUGAGCUCCUUGCAUCAGGAGCUGGGUGUGGGUGAGGGUCCUGCAGUUCGAGGCCCGCCCCGCUCCCCACCCGCCGUGGGAAUCAGGCGGUGUCUCCCUCACUCCCUGUCUGAACUGCCCCGUCUGGGGGCGUGGGGACCUCUGGCCUCGGGGCAAGCUGCCUACCACCUCCCUGUCCUGCGUCCCCUCCCCUGGAGCCUAUGGACGCCCUGGGGAGGCCGGAGGUCCCCCACCUUCUCAGUGCAGGAAGCGGCCAGAGGUGGACACCUUCCCAGGGAAGGCCCUGCUUGCUUGACUUGGACGUGGUUGUUCCGGCCCCACACGUGGCCGCCUGGCAGAUAGGGCCCAGACAUGGAGCUGCGGGAAGAGGCCUGGUCUCCGGGGCCGCUGGACUCCGAGGACCAGCAGAUGGCCAGUCACGAGAACCCAGUGGACAUCCUCAUCAUGGAUGACGACGACGUCCCCAGCUGGCCCCCGACCAAGCUGUCCCCACCCCCAUCGGCGCCCCCCGCCGGCCCUCCGCCCCGGCCGCGGCCGCCCGCGCCCUACAUCUGCAACGAGUGCGGCAAGAGCUUCAGCCACUGGUCCAAGCUGACGCGGCACCAGCGCACGCACACCGGCGAGCGGCCCAACGCCUGCGCCGACUGCGGCAAGACCUUCUCGCAGAGCUCGCACCUGGUGCAGCACCGGCGCAUCCACACGGGCGAGAAGCCCUACGCCUGCUCCGAGUGCGGCAAGCGCUUCAGCUGGAGCUCCAACCUCAUGCAGCACCAGCGCAUCCACACGGGCGAGAAGCCCUACGCCUGCCCCGACUGCGGCCGCAGCUUCACGCAGAGCAAGAGCCUGGCCAAGCACCGGCGCUCGCACAGCGGCCUCAAGCCCUUCGUGUGCCCGCGCUGUGGCCGCGGCUUCAGCCAGCCCAAGAGCCUGGCGCGCCACCUGCGGCUGCACCCCGAGCUGUCGGGGCCGGGCGUGGCGGCCAAGGUGCUAGCGGCCAGCGUGCGCCGGGCCAAGGCGCCCGAGGAGGCGGCGGCGGCGGACGGCGAGAUAGCCAUCCCAGUGGGCGACGGAGAGGGCAUCAUUGUGGUGGGCGCGCCGGGCGAGGGGGCGGCAGCGGCCGCAGCCAUGGCGAGCGCGGGGGCCAGGGCGCCGGGACCCCGCUCGCGGCGCGCCCCGGCCCCCAAGCCGUACGUGUGCGUGGAGUGCGGGAAGGGCUUCGGGCACGGGGCCGGGCUGCUGGCCCACCAGCGCGCCCAGCACGGGGACGGGCUGGGGGCGGCGGGGGGCGAGGAGCCGGCGCACAUCUGCGUGGAGUGCGGCGAGGGCUUCGUGCAGGGCGCGGCGCUGCGCCGGCACAAGAAGGUGCACGCCGUGGGCGCGCCCUCGGUCUGCAGCCACUGCGGACAGAACUACUACCGGGCGGGCGGGGACGGCGGCGGCGACGACGACGACGAGGAGGCGGCGGGCGGGCGGUGCGGCGAGUGCCGCGGCGCGGAGGGCCGGUAGGGGCGGCGGCCCGGGGGGGCGGGGCCCCUCGGGCUGGGCGGGAACGACGGCGCGGGACCCAGAGGCUGGGGCGAAACUGGCAGAGGGGCGCCCCGGGGGUGCGGCGGGCCUGGGGCGGGGCGCGCGGGGCGCCCACCAGGCCGCCCGGCCCCUCCCCGCGCCCGCCGCUCGGCCUGGCUUGGCCCCGUCGGUUCUCGGCCGAGCCCGAAUCGAGACGUUGGUUGGGAACUAGAGAGACCACGACGCGACGAAACCCAUGAGCGGAAGACCAUUCGCCCUCUUUCCUUUCCCCCGCCAACCGGGCUGCUGCAAGAACGGCGAGCCGUGCGCCCUUUACCCUCAGAGGGGCCCCAGCGGGAAGGGAGAGAGGGUCCUUUUCCCCUUUAGAAUUUUCUUUUAAUCACACCGCCUCCUGCCCCCGCCCGCCUGUUAUUUUCUUCCCCUUCGCGGUCCCGGCCUUUCUCCUCUCCCUACCCUCCCCCAGCCCGCCGGGUCUGGGCUCGCGGAGGCGUGCGGAGCCGAGCGACCGCGUCCCGGGCGACCCCGCGGACAGCGGGUCCCGGCUCAUCCCAGGCCUGGGCGCGGCGGGAGGAGGGCACGGGGGCAAUAAAUCGCACUAUCCGAUCGUC